CGGCGUUAAAAAUGGCGUCCCCCGUUCCACACCUGGCAGUGUGUGGAUCAGAUGGGACACUGAUUCUUCGUGGACCUCCGCACUGUGACGAGAGUCCUGCUUUUCAGAGGGAGACACGGCCGAGCAAAUGUAUGACCUUCAGCAGAGAUGGCACGCUGUUUGGAUGGUGCAAUGGGCAGAAGGUUAGUGUAGUGAAGGUGUCGGAUGGUUCAGUGGUGAUGACCUUUGACCUUCCCAAAACAACUCUGCUGCAGUUUUCCCCUCUCAACACUGUGCUGGCCACAUGGCAGCCAUACACCAAGAGCCAGAAGGAGGCUCAGGGAGAACCCAACCUCCAGCUGUGGUCACUGGCGAGCGGCGCCCUCCUCAAAGCACUUUACCAGAAGAAUGCCGAGUCCUGCUUUCCCAGCUGGUCUGAGGAUGAGCACAUCGCCGUGCGCAGAGUCAACAACGAACUUCACUUCUUCGAGAAGAACGACUUCAACACCAUCGCCAACAAGCUUCAUAUGCAGAAGGUGUCAAACUUUGUCCUCUCCCCUGGAGGUCAGCCCGUUAAGGUUGCCGUCUACGUGCCGGGCUCUAAAGGCACGCCGUCAUUUGUCCGUCUGUAUCAGUACCCGCUGUUUGGAGACUCGACGGCCGCCCUGGCCAAUAAGAGUUUCUUCAAGGCCGACCACGUCUCCAUGCUGUGGAACAGAAAAGCCACUGCGGUGUUGGUGACGGCCAGUACAGACGUGGAUAAGACAGGAGCUUCCUACUACGGAGAGCAGACGCUGCAUUACCUGGCAGUAAAUGGAGAAAGUGCCGUGGUCCAACUACCGAAGAGCGGUCCGAUCUACGACGUGGCCUGGAGUCCCAACUCAUCAGAGUUCUGUGUAGUUUACGGCUUCAUGCCUGCCAAGGCCACCGUCUUCAACCUGAAAUGUGACCCGGUGUUUGACUUCGGCACCGGCCCGCGAAAUGCCGUGUACUACAGUCCUCAGGGUCACAUCCUGGUGCUGGCAGGCUUCGGGAACCUGCGUGGACAGAUGGAGAUGUGGGACACCAAGAAAUACAAGCAGGUGUCCAAACCCCAGGUCCCGGAUUCCACCCACUUCUCCUGGUGUCCUGACGGUGAGCACAUCGUCACGGCGACCUGCGCCCCGCGGCUGCGGGUGGGGAACUGUUAUAAGAUCUGGCAUUACACGGGCACAGUGCUGUGGAAGCAGGAGAUGCCGGCCGGCACGGAGCUGUGGCAGGUCCUCUGGCAGCCCUUCCCCCCGGGAUGCUUCCCCGAGCGGCCCAUCUGCUACCAGGCAGCGCAGGGAGAGCUGGGCAGCACCGAAACCAAGCCCAGCCAGGCCUACCGGCCCCCAGCACUACGCAACCAACCACCGACAGCCAGCACCAAACUGCAUGAGGAUGAGCCUCCUCAGAACAUGUUGCCAGGCGGAGACAAACAGCCGUCUAAAACUGCUCUCAAGAACCAGAGGAAGCGAGAAGCCAAGAAAGCUGCCAAACAGGAGACAAAACAGGAAACCCCAGAGCCCCAGUCAAACUCCGCCCCCACAAACAGAAUCCCAUCAGCACCCUCUGGUGGCGACCCAGAGAUUGACAAGAAGAUCAAGAACCUGAAGAAGAAACUCAAAGCCAUCGACGAACUGAAGGAGCAGCAGGCUUCUGGAAAAACCCUCCAAAAGAACCAGAUGGAGAAGAUGCAGAAGGAGGAGCAGCUGCUGAAGGAGUUGGAGGAGUUGGAGUUGGGGCUGUAGGAGUUGGUUCUCCUCCAGGAGGUCCUCGCCAUGUUCUGGCCUGGCAGUGGCGGCGGUCUUGCGUCCUGCAGAAGACGGAACUUGCAGGAAUUUGCUGGGCUUGCUUGGUGUGUGUAAAUGAAAGAGGGAAGCAGGUCUGUCCUCCUCAGACCUCCUUCUGCUCUGCUGACCUGAGUCGCUCCUCUUUGCUUUGCGGUGGAUGUGUAGAUAAUAAAGCAGCGACACUAAA